AACGUCGUCGUUCCCACCAUAUUCAAUUCCAGAAAACAACACAUUCCAAUUUUCCUCCAACCAACCAAACAACCAACAUUAAUUUCAUCAUCCACCGCGCUUAUUUAUUUAAUCUUUUUUCACCUCAAUUUUAAUUAAAAUCAAUUCUAGGGUUUCAAUUUUCCAUUCCCCGAUUGAAUGGAACUUCCACUCAGUUUCUCACGAAAACACCAAAAACGACUCAUCCUAAUCGCGCUUUUAGGAUUCUCCGGUUACGGUGCUUAUAAAGCUUAUCAUUUACCCUAUGUAGUUCAAAAACGCCACCGUUUCACCAAGCUUCUCAAAGCUUUCGUUUCUCUUGCAGAACUUGCUUCCAAUUCCGCAGAAACUGUUUCAAUCGUUUCCAACGAUUUGAAUAAAUUUCUCAAGUCUGAUUCUGAUGAAAUUCCUAAUAGUUUGAAACAAUUAUCCAAAAUUGCCAUGUCGGAUGAAUUUUCGAUAACGAUUUCUAGGGUUUCAAAGUCUUUAACACAAGGAAUUUUAAUGGGGUAUGGUGAAUUUGAAAAACCCUUGGAAAUUGGUGCGGAAAAAUCGAAUUUUUCAGAUAGGGUGUUGGAUAAGCUUACGUCUGAGGCUGGAACUGGGUUUGUUUCGGUUGUGGUUGGAAGUUUUGCUAGGAAUUUGGUUUUGGGUUUUCGUUCGAAGUUGGAAAAUGUUGAUUCCGGGUCGAAAUCUGAUGGUGUUUCUGGAUUUGUUAGUGUGAUUUGUGAUGAAAAGUGUGGGAAGGUUAUAGGGGAUUGUGUGCAGACUUUUGUGGCUACUGCUGUUGCUGUUUUUCUUGAUAAAACAAUGGAUGUUAAUACUUAUGAUGAAAUUUUUGCUGGAAUGACGAAUCCAAAACACCACGAAAAGGUGAAGGGAAUUUUGGUUUCUCUAUGUAACGGUGCUGUUGAGACUUUGGUUAAAACAUCUCAUCAGGUUUUGACUAAUCCAAAAGGUAAAUCUGAUUUGAGUUCACCUAGGGAAAACGGGCUUUUGAAACCGGAAGCUUAUCUUCAGAAAUUCAGAAAUGGAGGCUCUGUUGAUGGAGUUGGGGAUUCUGGGUGGCUUGAACAGGUUAAAUCAACUCUUUCUGUGCCAGCUAACCAGAGGUUUGUGUUUGAUGUCACGGGGAGAGUGACAUUCGAAACUGCGAGGUCAUUUGUGGAGUUUAUGUUGUGGAGAAUAUCAGAAGGUUUGAAAAGGGGUGUUAACAAGGUUCAUGACGACGUUGUAGACAAAGGAAUGCAAGUUGUUAGAUAUGUAGGAGCUAAGUCGUCGGUUAUUAUUACCUUGUGUCUUGCUUUAUAUUUACAUAUUUUGGGUGGUAGUAGGAUUCUAGUGGCUGCUUAGCAUGAUCAUUCAUCCUACCCUCAUACUUGUAAUGCAGUUGGAAUAUAAUUUGCAGCUAGAUUUGAUCUUUACACAUAUGAUAUCUCCAAUCAUUAAUUGAGGUCAUAUCCUAUACUCAUAAUUCAAUGGAUGAAAUAACUGACUGUAGUUUUUAAAUUACCUCUUGUAGCCUUUUUCCGUACACAAAAAAAUAGAAAGUUUGUGCAUUUUUGUUGCUUUA